GGAGCCUUUAUCAAUGCUCUGAAGUUCAGAGUAUUGAUAAAGGCAUAAUUUAGUGGCUUCAGAGUCUGAAGCCACUAAAUUAUGCAGGGGUUCGACGUCUGCAGUCAUGCUUUCCGAGAAGGUGAGAGAGAAGAAAGAAAAGACGAGCUUCUUGUACUUUUGACCUCCGAUACUCCACAACGAUUCCAAACCUGUAAAGAUUUGUGACUUGUCUCGCAGUACGCGACUGUAACGUGACGGGAGCCCGCACAGGUUUGCAAUGAGCGUGGUUACUACAUGUUAGAGGAGGGCAGUUCUCCAUUCCGUGCAAUUGCUGACAUUGUAGGAUACUCGUGCAACGACGAUAUAGAGCCCGAAGAUUUCCUUUGGCUUUGCAAACUCACUAUAUGGCUUUUUCUUUUCGUGUCCAUGCUGGAUGAGGGUCAUGGGGCAGAGAAGAUUUACGUGUCCUGUCACGCAUUUUUUGAAAUGAAUUUGAUUCUAAUGUUGAACGACCCCGAAACGAGCGACUUCUUGAAGGCUCGAUAUCCAUUUUGGACGCGGUGAUGGCAAUCGAUGCUUCCAGAUCACGCUUGCAGCUUGACAAAUUUCAUGCAGAUAUGGUGCAUGCCAGUAAUGUAAUACCUGGACGCAAAUUUUCUUUUCUUUUCCAAUUUCACUCAGAUAUGGUGCAUGCCAGAAACGUAAUCCCUGGAACAAAUUUUCUUUUCCAAUUAUGAUGUGUAUUCUGUUGACGUCAACUAUUGAUUUGUCCGCUGCAAUUGUAUUUUCAUGCUGGAACUGAUAGCCAUUAUAAGCCUGUUCUGUCCAAUUCUGUGCUUCGAGAUGACAAACAAUCGCUUCCUUUAGUCGUUGGUCCUGUGAAUAGUUUUCCGGAUUCGGAACUCGACCCGGUUUUUCGAGUUGAAGUUCAAACCCGACCCGAACGGAGCCCUAAAACAGAUUGAAAGAUUUGAACGUUUAGUCGAACGAAAUGUUUAUAUUCAAUUGAAGGGGUCGAACAUCGAGCUUUCAAGCGUGUGGCCCGUCAGUGGGACUGAAUCAUUACCGACCCGAGGACGAUUCUUCGGGCGCGGCAACCAAAUCAAAGGAAUCUAUUCUGGUGCUUACUGGGAGCAUGCAUGUUGGACUCGAUGAUCGCUCAUAACAAAUUGUCAACUCGAAUUGUGCGCAUUGGAUAGAGAGAAUCCAAUGCGCAAAGAUAGGAAAAGCACUAGAGAAUCUAAGGAGCACGGAAGAGAAGCAUGCAUGUUGGACUCGAUGAUCGCUCAUAAGAAAUUGUCAACUCGAAUUGUGCGCAUUGGAUAGAGAGAAUCCAAUUCGCAAAGAUAGGAGAGCACUAGAGAAUCUAAGGAGCACGGAAGAGAAGCCGGAUGGUCGGUCAACUUACGGGACUUUGAGAGACAGAAAUCCAGCUCCCCACCUCACCUGGACCUAACUGAUGGAGAAAAUUUCACAUCCUGAUGCUGGUCAACGAGAACGUUCAUAGGAGGACAAGAUCAGCAGCUGACAGAAACUCAUGAAGGAUGUCUGGUGCAAGUGGGCUGCCAAAGCUCAAUGCUGGCGAGACUCGGCUACUAGUACAUUGCAUCCACGUCUGCUCAUACCAGUGCUGACGUGCGGUGACGUGGUGGUGUUCCUCUGUGGCUUCUUUGUUAUGGAUGUAUCGGUGUGUUUUAUGUUGUCAGCUCCGUCCAAGCUCAAAAUCAUUGAUCCUGGAAUUCGGCUGCGUCGCUUCAACUCUUAUUAUGGAUGGAGACGACAGAGCUUUUCUUCUCUCCGUGCAAACUCGACACCGUCCUUAUUUACAGCGAUCGUUACAUCAUCAUCCUCAUCUACUCUGUGCUACUCCGAGAGCAGUCGAACUAGUUGACAAUAUGUUUACCAAUACCUCCAGAAUCUGCUAAACGCCCUCGUCGGAACAGGUGGAGAAGGAAAAUCAUCACCACCUUUUUGCUUUCCAAGCAGGCGACGGUUUAUUCCUGUGCAGUGGAAAUUGCAGAAUCUGGUGCGGAACUGGACUUCUAGUCGCAAUCUGCUCUUGCACUGGAUAAUAUGUGUCCAGUAUGCAUGAAGUCUACCGCUCAAUCGUACUCUGAUAGACAUCUGAAUAUCAAUGUGAAUAAAUGUACUUUGAUUAUAGAAAGGAGGAAGCUCAACCCUAACCCUCCGCGAAACACGGAAAAUAGGGUCCGGGAAAACGAUGGAGCGAGGUAGUAGCAACAGGUUAUCUCGGUUUUCCAUCGUUUUUUAGCCUCUUUCGAAGCGGAUGGAAAGCAUGAGCAAUGUCUACUUGUUGUUCUUUGGAUUUUUUCGAAGGAUUGACUUCUCAACGUUCUUGGAUACGAAACCUCUUUUGAAAAUCAGUUUCAGAAUUUGACUUUGAAGAUUCCUGCGCCACUUCGUCAAUGGGAUUUCUUGGAAGUCAAAUUUGAUUCACUGUGUAUUGUUUUGUCUCCAAAUCGAGCUGAAGUCUAUUACGGUUCAUUCAUGCUUGAUCUAGGAAAGAAAUUCUCUACUUUCAGGAUUUUGCUUUGUUUGAUUGCUCCAUUACGACUAUG